GUAGAGGUUUGGUGACCCAUCAUUCAAGAGUAAUCUCAGUCACAUGGCAAAUCACAUGACCAUUCCUCAUCUCAUCUCACGUGAAACGGUGAAUCGAAGACGAAAGUAGGCAGAGGUGAGAGGAUAUAAGAAUGAAGACACUAUUGUUUUUCCUGGCUGGACUUUCCAGUAUAUACACCUUGGAUAAUGGAUUGGCCCGGACUCCCCCUAUGGGCUGGAAUUCAUGGGAACGUUUUAGGUGUAACACUGACUGUCUCAAUGAUCCAGAAAAUUGCAUUGGAGAGAAACUGUACAUGCAGAUUGCAGACAGAAUUGCGGAGGACGGCUACAAAGAUGUUGGAUAUCAGUAUGUGAAUGUGGACGACUGUUGGAUGGCAAGAAAACGUGGACCUGACGGAAAAUUGCAGGCAGAUCCUGACCGGUUUCCCAGUGGCAUGAAAGCUCUGGGUGACUAUAUUCACAGUAAAGGCCUGAAGUUUGGGAUCUAUGAGGACUUUGGGACAGAAACAUGUGGAGGAUUCCCAGGGAGCAAGUUCUUCAUGGAAACAGAUGCUCAGACAUUUGCUGACUGGGGUGUAGACCUACUGAAAUUAGAUGGUUGUUAUAGUAAUGUAGAAGACAUGACUUCUGGUUAUCCUAUUAUGGAGUUUUUCCUCAACAAAACAGGCAGACCUAUUCUCUACUCUUGCAGUUGGCCUGCUUACUUUGUGGCCAAUGAUAAAAUUCCUGAUUACAAAGCUAUUGCCAAGAGCUGUAACAUAUGGAGAAAUUAUGAUGAUAUUCAGGACUCCUGGGAUAGUGUAGCCGAUAUCAUUGGAUACUAUGGCAAAAACAAGGGAAAUUUUUCUGAUGUAGCAGGCCCAGGAAAUUUUAAUGAUCCUGAUAUGAUAAUAGUUGGAAACUUUGGCUUGAGUAAGGAACAGCAGAAAUCACAAAUGGCAUUGUGGGCUAUCAUGGCAGCUCCUCUGAUCAUGUCCACAGACCUCAGGAAAAUUGACCCUUACUCAAAGGCCCUCCUACAGCACAAGGGAGUGAUAGCCAUAAAUCAGGAUCCCUUAGGACAGCCAGGGGCUUUAUUGGUAGAUAUGAACCAAAUACAGUUCUGGUUUCGGCCGGUGACACCACAGGGAAGUGUCGCCUUCGCAAUUCUUUACACUGGAUCAGGAGGAACUCCAGAAAAGUUGAGUGUGCAGUGUCAAACAGUAGGAAUGGUAGGGCCAGGGGCUUACAAUGUGACAGAAGUAUUUGAUGGACGUUUUAUAGGAAUGUUUAAGCCAACGGACAACAUCAAUAUCACUGUCAAUCCAUCAGGGGUGUUUUUUGCUAAGGCUGUGUACUUAGGUUAAGAUAUUUGUCAAACCUUUAUAAAGGGGAUGUGAAUUUCUAUCAUUCCAUUGCCAUAUUGUGUAGUUUGUAUGUGGACAAUGUUUCUCAGGUGUAUCCGGUUGUUGUUGCACAACUUUGAAAAAGAAAGUUGGAAUACGAAUCAUUUUAUGCAAGCCAUUCCAAACAUUCCUUUACAUAAUUAUUGACAUUUGUUAUAGAUUCAUUGAAAAAUUUAUUAUAUUUAAAAAAAAAUUAAAUUUAUUGAUACAAAAGAAACAAAGGUCAACAAUUGUUUUAUUAUUUAACAUUCAUAUACAUGUACUAUGUUUCAUAAUACACUGUAUUCUUAAAUUAAUUUUCUUAUACGAAGAUUCAAAGCAACACAUUCAUCUGAGAAAACCGUCCUUUAAAGACUGUGAUUUCAUAAUAUCUCUCCAAGAAGAUGAUGUUUUAUGAUUUCAAACAGUGAUUUGAUGUUUGGAAUACUACAUUACCCUCUCAGGUUGGCUUUACAGUAACUAUAAUGUUUUGGCAAUGGCACCUGUCAUAUGAUGAGCGUCUUUUACUUCAAAUCCAUUCUCCUGUACAGAGUUGUCAUUCUUUCCCAAUUGCAACUCGGAGUGAAUUGUAUGUGUAAUGGUUGAGUGUGCUCCAAACCAUAAAGUAAUAUUUAAGAUCUUCUCCUUGGGUGUUUUUGCAAUAUGAUAUUUAUUUUCACCCAUUUUUAUCUUAACAUAUAUUCUAUAGCAUCAAUUUCCAACGCAAUACUCUUUGCAUUUAUUUAUAUAAUAGAGGGAGACUAAUGUAGAGGUUAAUUAAUCUCGCCAUAUUUCUUCCGCUUGAGUGGGACUGUCUCUUUUUAAGGGCCAUAUUAAACUUGUGCAGAUUAUUUUUUCUUCAGUAAGAUUUUCUCUGAGUUAGAAACUAUUUAGAGAAUAUAUAGUAAUGAAUAUUUUUCUUACCUUUUUGUCUUCACCAUACUUUGGGUGAAAUGUAACAUUAUAGAGGUAGUACAUUGUUGUGUGUUGAUUUGUUUGAUUAUUUGUUAUGAUGAUAUACUGUGGCAUAGCAUAAUAAAUUAGUAGAACUGAAA